UUAUAUGCCACAUCAGUGGAGAGACUGAAACCUUUCCUUAUAUAGUUUUGCUUCUCCUAGUACUUAAUUGUUGCUGUUGUUGUUGUUGAUGAUGAUGUUAAACCCUUGAAAACAGCAACUUCAACAAAAGAAUUAAAUCCCCAUCUCAACUACAUUGGAAUCUGCUUUCUUGAGUUAUUAUUUUUACACCACGAGUUCAAGGAAAUCUUGAACUUUUGUAAGGUUUCAAGAUUCAAUCUUGUUUCAAGGUUCAAUUCAGACCAAUGGUGUGCUCUUCUUGUGAUUUUUAAUAUUGCUGUAAGAGGGUUCGUGGUUUCUUGCCGAAAUUUUAGGUUUACUUGAACAAAAGAAGAUGGUUUUUGAUGAGUUUUGGUAAAGUGAUUGAUUUCAUACAUCUUCAAUGGCAAAGAAGAGGUGCUGGUUUGGUUGGGUGAGGAGGCUAUUUGUCUCUGAGCAAAAAACAAAAGCAGAAAAGAAGUCAAAGAGGUGGAAAUGGGUUCUUGGAGGGCUUAAGGUUAAACAAUGCCCUGCACUUCCAGCACCAGAGAGAUCAGUCAGUGAAGCAACAGAAACGCAGAAGAAGUAUGCUUUGACUGUUGCCCUUGCAACAGCUGCUGCAGCUGAGGCUGCUGUUGCUGCAGCUCAUGCUGCAGCUGAGGUUGUCCGGCUCACAGGUGCUUCACAGUCUUCCCAUCAUUUCACCAAGGGAGUUGAAACUUUGGCUGCCAUUAAGAUACAAAGCGCUUUCCGUGCAUACCUUGCAAGGAAAGCUUUGCGAGCACUGAAGGGAUUGGUAAAGCUUCAAGCCAUUGUUCGUGGACGAGCUGUGAGACGCCAAGCAGUCAUCAAAUUGAAGCAUCUGCCAUCAAAAGCAAAGAUGCUGUCAGAGGUCCAGUCAAAAGAUAUUGCCACUGCAGAUGGAUUUUGUAGAAACAGUGACAAUAAACAGGUUGUCAAGUCAAAGAAAGAGGUGCGAGAGAAGGAAAAUAAGGGGAAGAACCAUAAAAAAGAUGCUCAACCAGAACACAUGCUUGAAUUCAACUGCCAAAGAAGUUGGGAUUAUAGUAUGCUUUCAAAGGAAGAUGUGGAAGCUCUGUGGUUAAAAAAGCAAGAAGCUAACAUCAAAAGAGAGCGAAUGAUGAAAUACUCAUUCUCCCACCGGGAGAGAGGGAAUAGUCUACUGGAAGAAUUGCUACUCGCCAAGGAAAGUGGUAGACAGAGUCAUCAGAUGGAACGAUGGUCAAACAAAGAGGCCUUUAAUAGAGAAAAGAUGGAGAAUUUGAAAUCAACGUCCAUCUCUAAUCUGUUUACUGGUGAUGUAUUCAGCCCAGCACAAGUUAAGACCAGAAGUACUCAAAAACAAGAUUUCAUAGAAGGAUUGAACACACCAAUGUCUGUCCCCAGAAGAUCAUUUGGCCGAGCACAACCAAUUUUGGCAGGAGAUGGUAAUUCGUUGCCAAAUUCUCCAGUUUUUCCUACUUACAUGGCUGCAACACAAUCUGCAAAGUUAAAGGCAAGGUCGAUGAGCACACCAAAGCAACGUGUAGGAUUUCAAGAUUCUUGCUUUGACCAGAACUUGCCAUAUAAGAACGCACUCUCUCUUUGGUCUACAUAUAAUGGUGAUACGUUUGGCGUUAGGAGAAAGAGCACUGGUGCUUCCCAGAAUCUCUCUUUAAGCAUAAACGGACAUUACUGAGAUGUCAGCAUUUAAUUUUCAGCAUAAAUUGGUAAUUCAAACGCAAGAGGUAAAUAACAAAGGAUUUUCAACUAAAUGUUUCUUACUCAGUCACUCAGCGGUUCUAACAAGACACUGAAGCAACUCCAAGAUCAGGUCACUCAAGGCAUUCAAAGAAAAACUCUUACAAGGAAUUUCUAAUGACCCUUCCAUAUCUGAUUGAAGAGCGUUUGAGAGGAUAACUUGCAAAUCUCAUUGCUGCGCUGGUAGAACUCUUUUCAAUCUUUGAUGUCCGUAGCUAAUUACUUUAUUCUUUUUCUUAUCUGUAUUUCCUUUUUUUCUUUUUGGGUGGAAUCAAGUGUGUAUCUUCUCAUUCAGUGACCAAGUUGUCAUGGGAAAAAGAGUCGGUGAAUCCUCAAUGUAAAAUUUGGCCUGUGUUAAGCUUGUAAUGAAACUCUUUGAGUAUGUCUGAUCAUUCAGCAUUACAACUGAACAUGUCAGUGAUCAGUUUCUUCACGUA